CUCCGAGGGUUUUAGUCUAAGAACCUCCACUCCUCGCUCCUUUUCCCUUACUCCUGGUUUGCCUAGUCGUGCCCUAGCGCACCCAUCCUCCCUUCGCGUCUCUCCCCUCCACCUCGUCACACUUCACGCGGCGCCAUGACGAAGAAGGAGAACUCCCCACGGCUCUACGUGCGGGCUGUAGUGCUGGGCCACAAGAGAGGCAAGUCGAACGUGCACGAGCACACGUCGCUGCUGCAGAUCGAGAACGUGCAGAGCAAGGAGGACAGCAAGUGGUACAUGGGCAAGCGCCUCGUCUACAUCUACAAGGCCAAGACGCUCAAGAACGGCUCCCUCUACCGCUCGAUGUGGGGACGGGUCACGCGCCCGCACGGUAACACCGGGGUGGUCCGCGCCAAGUUCAAGAAGAACCUGCCCUGCACCGCCACGGGCCGCAGGGUGCGUGUGUUCCUCUACCCGAGCAACAUCUAAAGGAUUUCAGGAUAGGUUGCCACAUUACUAAGCACCCCUGUUACAAGUCUUAUGCAAUGAAAGAAGUUCAAGAAAGGGAGCAGUGCAAAUAUUUGUGUUCGUCCUUUCAUGUAUGAUGUGGCUAAGCAUGCUGAUUGAUAGUGGAGAACGAUAUUUACCUGUUGUGGAAUGGUAUUAACGGUGUAGCUGCUUCACGGAAGGGC